AUGUCGCCCCAGGUGUGUUCUUUUCCCCAAAACAGUUAUCGCCGCUCUUCCUCCCCCACCCUACAUCGAGCGUUACUUUCUUCAAUCCCUUGGACUCCCACCGCCGCCACCUGGUCCUUCCCGUUUGUCGAUGUCGAUCAAGGCAACAUGCACAUAGUCAAGGUCCAGAAUGUGCAUGCAACUGCUGCAACCAGACCUGUCAUUCUUGAAAUCAAAGCUUACCUAAACGAGCUUGACACUUGCAAUAUAUAUGGUGCUACCAACCAAGUACCUAUUCAUGCACUAAAGGAACAGAUUGCUUCUGUUACUGGUGUAUUAUCUGAACAACAACGUUUAAUCUGUCGUGGCAAAGUUCUGAAAGAUGAUCAGCUCCUUUCAGCUUAUCAUGUGGAAGAUGGUCACACAUUGCAUCUGGUUGACCCUUUUACUCAUCAAGUCAAGAUUUGUGAUUUCGGAAGUGCAAAAAUGCUAGUGAGAGGAGAAGAAAAUAUUUCAUACAUUUGCUCACGUUUCUAUCGAGCACCACAACUGAUUUUUGGUGCUAUUGAAUACACAACCUCCAUUGAUAUUUGGUCAGCUGGUUGCAUUCUUGCUGAACUUCUUCUCGACAGUGUGAUUGCAUCUAUCAUGUCUUUUCCAGAUUCUUCAACAGUUGAAAAGUUACUAUUGCUGCUUAAAUCCAACAAUGAGGGCCUGUAA